CUUGCCCUAACGUCAAUUCCCAUCACUUUUCAGUAAAAGCAUUCUUCCUCUCAAUCCACUUGUUUUCACUCCUAAACGACAACGUCGUUCAUACACUUCUUCUGCAAACAAAAAAAAUUCCCGCAUUAGGGUUUCCUUUCUCCGGCGACAAUGGAGGUAGCUGCGAACGCGCGGAACCCCGCCGCUAAGCGAAAAUUCGACGACGCCGUUUCUAACGGCGUCGCCGCCCCCGCCGACGUCGAUCUCUCCCUCCUCGAAGCCAUCGAGAAGUCGCAGAACGCGGUCGAAGCCCUCGAUCUCCGAGCCCUAAAGAAGCACGUGCUCUCCUUCGAGCGUCGCCUGAAGGAUAACAUCGAAGCGCGCCUUAAAUACCCUAACCAACCGGACCGCUUCGCCGAUUCCGAAGUAGAACUCCACGAAGAGCUUCAGAAGCUGAAGGUCCUCGCCGGCGCGCCGGAGCUCUACCCGGACCUCGUCAACCUCAACGUGGUUCCCUCCAUCGUCGACCUCCUCAACCACGACAACACCGACAUCGCCAUCGACGUCGUGCAAUUGCUCCAGGACCUCACCGACGAGGACGUUCUCGACGACAACGACGACUCCGCUAGGGUUUUGGUCGACGCGCUUGUCGACAACAGCGCGCUCGAGCUCCUCGUGCAGAACCUGCACCGCUUGAACGAUUCCGAUCCCGACGAGAACGCCGCCGUGUACGGCUCCCUCGCCACGGUGGAGAAUAUGAUCGAGGUGAAGCCCGCGGUGGCGGAGCUGGUUUGCGAGAAGACGAAGUUGCUGAAGUGGCUUCUCGGGAAGAUAAAAGUGAGGGAAUUUGACAGUAAUAAGCAGUAUGCUUCCGAGAUUUUGGCGAUUUUGCUGCAGAGUAGUACUGUGAAUCAGAAGAAGCUGGGACAGAUGAAUGGGGUUGAUGUGGUGCUUCAGGCUGUGGCUAUGUAUAAGUCUAAGGAUCCGAAGAGUUCCGAUGAGGAGGAGAUGUUGGAGAAUUUGUUUGAUUGCUUGUGUUGUUUGUUAAUGCCGUUGGAGAAUAAGGAACGGUUUGUAAAGGCUGAAGGGGUUGAGUUAAUGAUAAUUAUUAUGAAGCAGAAGAAAUUGGCUUAUGGGUCGGCCAUUAGGGCGCUUGAUUUUGCUAUGACGAAGUACCCGCCGGCUUGUGAGCGUUUUGUGGAUGUUUUGGGGUUGAAGACCGCGUUUGCAGCUUUCAUGGGUAAGAUUCCUUUAAGUAAGAAGAACAAGAAAGAAAGGUACCAAGAGGAUUUGGAGGAGCGCAUUGUGUCACUGAUUGCGUCAUUAUUUGGUGGAAUCUUGAGGGGUUCUAGGAGAGAAAGAUUAUUAAGUAAAUUUGUUGAAAAUGAGUGUGAGAAGAUAGACAGGCUAAUGGAACUAUACAUCAGAUAUUCAGAUAGAGUCAAAGCAGAAACUGAACGGUUGAAUCAAGUUGAGCUUGAUGACUUGGAGAUGGAUGAAGAUGAAAAAUACAACCGUAAACUAGAAUCUGGACUAUAUACUCUUCAGUUGAUUGCUGUCAUUUUGGGUCAUCUUUGGUGCUCAGAGCAUCCACAAAUGAGAGGGAGAAUUGAACUACUUCUCAAGCAGAACAAACUUAGUAAGAAGCAUAUCAAGGAUAUACUUCAGGAGUAUCAUGACAAUAUUGGUGACCUUGAUGGACCGGAAGAGAAGGAGAGAGCACAGACAAAAAUUCAGAAGUUCAUAACGGCAUUAUAAUUAGUGUAAGACACAAACUUCAAUGGAAGUGACUCAAGUAAUUCAUUUUGCAUGUAAAAGAGAAUAGAUUAGUCAGGGUAAUGGAGAAGGAACACCGAUCUGCAAAUGUCGUUGAGAUCAUAGCCAUGUAGUGGGCUUUUCACACAACUUCUUAAUGUAGUUAUAUUGGAUAUUAGUUUUUUCCUUUGGUGGGGUGUCAUGAAUGUUGUUCCUCUAUAAAGCAAUUUCAGUCCAAUAGGGAUACUUUAGUCUUUCGCUGUGUAUUUUCAUAGGUGUAACCUGAAAUUAACCUCCACACUAAGAGUGUUAGUUAAAGUUUUCCUUGUAGUCA